ACCUGGCAACCAUCCAAAGUACUGAUGAUUGGAAAAUCCUGACAGAAGUAAUGGAGAGCGCGCACCUGACCGAUCGUGCCUGGAUCGGAUUAUACAACGAUUUCAAUAGCUGGCGCUGGUCUUUAGACGACCUUCCACUGAAGAAUAUUACUCUGAGGAAAUGGUCCUCUGGGGAACCCAAUAACGCCAAUGGGGAUCAAUCAUGUGUUUAUAUUAAUUAUCUGGGAAAGUGGUUUGAUGAAUCCUGCAUAGAUAUUAAACCGGUUAUAUGUUUUAACGCGAAUAACAGUGGUGCCGACCGGUUCGUCAGUGUCUCCAGUCCUCAGAUGAGCUGGACCGAAGCUCAGACUUACUGCAGAACAUUUCACACUGAUUUGGCCAGUGCACUCAACCAAACCGACAACGACCUGUUACAGCAGAUGGCAAAUGACCAGGGAGCCUCCUGGAUCGGACUGUUUAGGGACACUUGGAAGUGGUCGGAUGGGACCGAGCCUACUAAUCUCCUGUGGUAUCGAGGACAACCUAAUAAUUUUUAUGGAAAGGACAACUGUGGAGAUCUUUAUGGGGGAGGGUUUACUGAUCGAGAUUGUGCAGAAUCUGCUUACUCCAUCUGUCACACUCUUAUCCCGAUGAAGGAACGACAGGUGAUGAGGCUGCAGGUGAAGUCUGAUGGCCGUGUGUUUGAUCCUGAUGUGCAGUCGUCUAUUUUAGAGCAGAUCAAGAAGAAACUGGAGGAAAACGGCGUGAUGGACAUCACAGUGAUGUGGAGGGUUCAGCCAGACGGAAACAUCUUUAAGAAGAAGAACAAAGACCUGUAAUGUGUAAACUAUCUCAUGUUAGAAUUUUAUUUAUCUAUUUAUCUCCUCAAAUCCUCCAAAUCUGAAAUACUGAAAGU